AGUCACCGGUGGCAUUCUUCAAUUUGAUGAUGACAGUACCAUUCCCGUUGGUGCACUGGACAAUUAUGGGAAACUAAACAGGAUUCCCUUUAGGGAGAGAACCACGCGCAGUCUCUUCUUCAUGGUAACGUCCCUUAGCCCGUCCACUCGUAAUGUUGGCCUGGCAGAGAGAUAGAAGUAUACGGGGCUUCAUCCGGCUGGUUGAUUUGUGCGGGUGUACUUGGAUGUAUGGGUGCGAUGCUGUUUUCUCUGUCGUUCGAAAACUUGAUUCGGUGGCUUGCCUCUUGUACAUAGUAUAGCGUUUUCAUCCAUAUGAUUUGCAAUCGAGUAAAACUCUGAAUACGUCUGUGUCGCGGAUUCAAAGACCCCAAGGACUAACGGCUGAACUUCUGUCGAUAGACUGACCUUCAUCCUCAGGGCGAACAACGAAUUUGUCGGCAAAAUAGCCCUUCAGGCCCAGGGACAAAGACCACCACCAAGUCGGACGUGAGGGUUUCCCAUGUCGUGGUACAUAGUUCGUGUAUUGGGUGUGAGAACUCCCCUCGACCCGUCGGUACCGACAUCGCCACGAAGCUGUGCUUGUAUGCCAGAUGCAGUCCAGGAAGACGAUAUCAAAGAACGACUUGUAGACGGCCCAGUGCGUAGGGAUGAUAUCGACUCCCGUGAAGAUCACUGGCCUGCGCUGAUUGAGCUGUUCCUUACGCGAGUCAUGUCUUCGGUGGUCCAUGUAAGAAGGAUACCAUUCGAUUAUUCAAUAAUCUUCGAUAUCUAUCUAUUGCCCCCUUGUUCAUAUUCCCAUGCCUCAAUCUCUCUCUCUCUCCUUUGUAUCCCGCCCAGCGCAUGCACGAUGAGGAUAGGUAUGGAUGUGCUGUCUUUCGAUUGCGUUGCAGAUGGGUUGAUCGGGAAAAAGAGGCGCAGUCCUGGAGGCAUUCACGUUGGUUUGGGGGGUACCACAAUCGGUAUCGGUGUUAUUGAAUCAGCAGCGAGUUCAAACAUGCGUUACGGAGGGGAAGAUGUUCCAAUCCAGCACGACUUCCCCUCCGUAAUGCGUGGAGAGCUUGUUGUCGAAAGUCGCGCUGGUAUUCAGUGGGAUUCAAUCACGGUCUGAGAGCCGAUAGUGUAUUCAGCCAACACGGUAACUCCGUGGUCUAUUUUUUGCCUCUGCAC